AUGUCACCACCUCCCAACGGAAAGACCAAGCAUCACUGCCCUGGCAGAGAUGGCUGGGUCGGGGAUAUUAGCCCGGGCAAUUGCGUCCAGAGUGCUGAUGGAACGCAUUGUAAGACCCAUGAAAUCCCGUGCACACAAGGGUGUGGCAAGUACCAUUUGGCAAGCCAAGAAGCCUGCAGAAAGUGUGUUGGAAAGAAGAGAGCUGAUGAGCGCAGGGAACGAGCUGAACGGCAGAAGGCGAAGGAAGAGGAAUCAAAGAAGAAGGAUGAUGGCUUCUUUAACCCGGGCAAGGAACGAAAGAAGCCUAAGAAGAAAGACCCAGAUCCUGAGCCUGAUGCCGGCGCAGCUUAA